AUGCCUGAACCAAUUAUAGCUAUUGAUCUUUCUCAAGUAAAUGGAUAUCAAAAGCGAAUCAGUGCUGGUCUUUUGUCCAUGUUUCUGAAUGGUAAACGUGUAUUGAUGACAUUUCAAUUGCGAUAUAUUAUUUUAGCCAAUAUUACAAGACCAGAAAAACCGAACAUUCUUCGUGUAUUUGAUUUUUGUUCUGAUCCAACACUCAAAUAUAUGACAAUUAGUGUUCCUGAUUCAUUCGAAAAAACUACUUUUGCCAAAUUCUGCGCUCAAAAUAACAAUAUCGCUGGUUCACAUGAGAUUCUACGUCCGGAUGAUGAGAAUCGAUUCGUUGUGAUCAACUAUUUUCUCAAAUUCGGUUUGGCUCAAUUUUCCGGUCUAUUAAAAAGAUAUCAAACAUGUUUAGAUCAAAUUAUAUUCCCUAAAAAACGGCAAGCAGCUGAAGCAAAUGAAGCUGCCCAUAGUUUAUUAAAAGAUAUUGAUGUAGAAAAAUCACCUGAAGAAGGAUGUGGUGUGGAUGAAGGAAAACCAUCACAUCCACACCCUCGCCCAUUUAAUUCUGCAUCAAAUCACAUAUUAGACAUUAUUUUAAAACGUUCAACAGCCGACACAGUGACACUUGAAUAUUGA